AUGGAAGCGGCGUGCCGGCACGCCGCGGAGGAGCCCAGCGAAGCCAAUCUCGUGCGACUGCUGGAUCUGUGGUCGGCGGACUGGAAGCACCGGGGCCGCACCCGGGCGGCCUGUGCCGCUGUGAAUUGCUUUCUCAAGAGCCGCUUUCCGAACGGCACCUGGACCUCCAUCGCCGUGCUCUUCAACCCGCGCAUGGGCUUGCACCGCGACAUUCAGAACAUGCCAGGGCACUCGAAUCACGCACUUGCUCUGGGAGACUACACAGGAGGACGGGUGUGGAUCGAAGAUGACGAGGGGGACUCGACGGCGUGGCUGGCCGACAAGAAGGGCGGCCGGGAGCUGCGGGGCAGGUGGCUGGACAUGCACGACAAGCCGGUGAGCUUCGAUGCUCGCCGCUAUCACAAGGUGGAGCCACACGAGGGCAGCAUGUGGGCACUCGCAGCUUAUGUUCCGCAAGCCUAUGCUCGGGCAAGUGAGCAGCACCGGCAGGCGCUGAGAGAAGCGGGCUUUCCGCUGCCUGCGUGA